CCAAACGCCGCCCUUAAAGAAUAAUUGGUGCUUCAUCAAUAUGUAUCUUGCACGCUCAAUUCAGAGCAUUAACAAAGAAAGGCAAUCAACCCACAAACUACUUAAAGAAAGUUAGGUGAAAAAAAAGUGAAACAUCGCACCAGAAGCAAAGAUAAACAUUGCUGGCCGUCGUCUUCUUGGUAUUAGUGGCCACCUUCUGCUACUGUAUCAUUCAUUUAUUUUUCUUUCCCUCAAAAUUCAUUCACCCGAAAAGGUAGAAAAAUUUGCUUCUCUCUUUAUAUCUAAUUCAUUGGUUUUCCAGAUUUUAUUCAUAUGUAUCUCCAAUUCUUUUUCUAUCCCCCUUUGUCGUAAAAUAAAUGGCUGUUCAAGCUCAAUACCCAUCAAAUUUUCUUAUCAGUAGCGACGCACAACAAGGCGACGAGCAACCAUCUCAAUCUGAAGGGCAAUUUCUUGAUAAUACACCCAUGUUUUUCGAUGGGACUGAUAAUCCACAGAAGAGAAGUAAAGUAUUCGAUACUGGCCUUCACUUAUCCUUUGGAAUCCAAUCUGUUGAUUCGUUUCCAAUUAUGGAUCAAAACUUUAGUCAAUAUGUUAAACAACAGUGCAAUGAACUCCAGUAUCUCCUCCAAGCACAGGGGGAGCAAUUGAGGCGCAAGUUAGCUGAAAAAAGGAAGAGACACUACACUGCGCUUCUCCAGGCAGCGGAGGACUCGGCGGCGCAAAGGCUGAGCGAGAAAGAGGCAGAACUAGAGAAGGGGGCCGGGCUAAACUCCGACCUCGAAGCGCGGGCGGCGCAGCUAAAUGCUGAAGUGAAAACGUGGCAGGCUAGGGCGAGGGAGCAGGAGGUCACGGCGGCGAUGCUACAGGCGCAGCUGCAGCAGGCUAUGAAGGGGCACCAGGUACGGAUGGAUGCACGGAAGGAGCUGGGUAAUGUGGACGAUGCAGAGUCUGCGUACAUUGACCCGGACCGAGUUGUUGAGUUGACUGGGCCGAGUUGCAAAGGGUGCCGGCGGCGGUACGCCUCGGUGGUGGUGUUCCCGUGUCGGCAUUUCUGUCUGUGUAGAGAGUGUGACAGUAUAGCCCAAAUUUGCCCGAUUUGCUACUCGUACAGAAGUUCAAGCGUCGAGGCCUUCCUUUCCUAAAAGCCCGAAGCCCAUUAAGGACAUCUACAAAUAUUUAAAAUUAUAAAUUAAAAAAGAAAAAAAAAAAAGAAAGAAAGAAAAUGAGAAAACAUGAAGAACAAAUAAGUGUUUUUCAUCUAUUUUUUUAAAAUAUUUUCCUUUUUUGUACAUAGUCAUAAUUAAUUUUCUAAUAUUGUAUCUCCUUAGUAUUGGGUUGGACGUAGCAUGAAGCUAAUGCGCAUAUGAGUACAUGACCUCAUUUUGUGUCAAAUUUUCAACCCACUAAAA